AUGUUCAGUUCGCUAGGGACCAAGAUAGCCCUCCGGAAGGCCGGAUUAGGCAAUGUCAAGCUCCCAAAGACCGACGACUUGUUUGGUAGUGGGAACACCAAGAAGGGGAGCACCAACGGCGCCGAUGGAGGAGACACAGGCUUCGCCAACCCCUUCGCAAACGUACAAUGGGGUGUACCAAAAGCCCUACAAUCUUGGACAACGCCUCCACCGCCCCAGACCCCAGUGCGCAAGCCACCGAACAUUGGAGAUCGAGCACAAACACACACGAAGCUGCAAUUUCCAACGGCCGACGGACGGCCGACUAUACUGCUGUUCCUAAGGUUCUGCGGGUGUCCUUUCUCCGAGAAACUCUUCCUCUCGCUCCGAACCCUCGCGAACCGCCAUACUUCGAUCCACUUCGUCGCAAUCUCCCACUGCACACCCGCUGCAACCACAGAGUGGCUCAAGAAACUCGGUGGAGCCUGGAACGUAGAUGUAGUAGUGGAUCAAGACCGGGAACUAUACGCGCUAUGGGGUCUAGGCAUAGCUACUUGGGGCCAUGUGCUGCAUCCUAGAAACGGGUACAAUCAGGUCAUGCUCCGGAAGAAUGAGGGUGUCUGGGGACAACAGGUCGGAGAAGGAGCAUGUCGAUGGCAGAUUGGCGGGGCAUAUGCAGUCGAUGGGAGGGGCGUUGUUACAUGGGGCUCACCGAUGCAGUCAGUAGACGAGGCGAUACCAUUCGAACACGGCGUAAUGUCACUUGGAUAUGGAGAGACGCAUAGACUGGGACUGUGA